CGCUGUAUUGGUCACUUGUAACCAUUCUGCGUUGAGUCUUCAGUAGAACAGAACAAACAUGUCUACCUUCGCCUUCCUUCUCCUCUGCGUGCAGGCUUGCCUCAUCCACAAUGCCUACAGUGCCUGUCUAGGUGCUGGUCUUGGUUACGGGUACGGAGGGCUUGGUUACGGUGGUCUUGGCUACGACGGUUUUGGCUACGGCAGCCUUGGAUGCGGCUGCGGCGGACUUGCUUACGAUGGUUUCGGUUAUGGUGGUCUCGGUUACGGCUAUGGCGGUCUCGGUUACGGCGCUGGUAUUGCUGGAUACGGUGUGGCUGGUGCUGGUUACGGCGGUGCUGGUGUUGGUAACGUGGCCGUCGCCGGUGAGCUGCCCGUGGCUGGUACCACCGCCGUCGCCGGACAGGUGCCCAUCAUCGGCGCCGUGGAGUUCGGCGGUACCGCGGCUGCUGCUGGUGCUGUCUCCAUCGCUGGACGUUGCGGCUGCGGCUGCGGUGGGCCCUACCUCUACUAAAUUCACAGAAUAAAGUGAAUGAUUGUCUAUCCCAUAAAUACUGGACAAAAUACAUAAAUGCUGAUACAUUUUA